AUGCAGCCUUCAAAGACUAACAGUAGCAACGAAUCUAGCAACAGCAUUAUGACACCACAAAUUCACCUUUACCAACCCAGCGUGCAAUCGAUCGCGACCCAAGUAAACGGGAAAACAAAUCAUAACAUUCAUCAUCAAUUAGCUACUGAAAAAAAUAUCAAAGAAAAACAAGUGGCUUAUACCAAUAAUCCCUUGCCAGUUUUCCUACCAAAAUAUCACGACUUUAUUUGCAUCCACAUGUAUAAUUAUGGAUUUAUUGGUGGUCAUUAUUCUGACGUGUCUCUUCAAGUGAACCAUACCAACUUUAAUCAACUCUAUCACCUCCAUGCCAUCAACAUUGCUCGCUCUCCAAUUAUACGUGAUGCGUUGAUCAAUUUCCCUUCAAAGGAAAUGACUCUUAACCUAGAUGACGAAAAUAUCACUCAAGAAGGACUUGGGAUUUGUUUUGCACAUAUGUACGCGUCCUGCUUCCACUGGAUCAACCCGAAUAACGUCAAAUCCGUUUUCGUCGCCGCUUAUCAUCUAGAACUAGCAGACAUUUGUGCUUGGGCAGUAGAGAUCAUGAAAAAGGAUGUUUCUACAACAACUGUCAUACCUUAUAUCAAAUUCUUCGACCAGCACUAUAAAGAAUACUCUAAACGAAUCGAAGAUUUCUGUUACGCGUUUCUCAUCAGAAAACUCCCAAGGUUGCUAAAGUCUUUCAACACUAAUCCCAACAAUGGCAACCACCUUCACGAAGGACAAAAUAUUUGCAAAUUAAAGGCUGGUAGUGGAUUCUGCCACAACCGUGGCUAUCAUGGUCUUCUUAACAUUUACACUCAACUUCCUUUUGCUUGGAUGAAGCGAAUUCUCGAAUCAAAAUACCUCGAAGUGAGCAGCAAUAUCCGAUACAAAUUCGCCAAAGAUCUUAUCGCCAAAAGACACGAACUCAAUCUCUCUAAUAAUCCAGAAUGUGUGUAUAUGUCCUUUGGUACUACACACCACCAAAACAUCACCAUUGCAGAAAAACCCCGGGAUCUACAAAAAGAUUUCCGACGCGUUUUAUUCAAGGUCCCAAACCGAAAGUAA